UUCGCUAGACGUUGUUUGGACCUUCGCGGCUCUCGUAGUUCAGUGGACCGUACACACACACAACUGCUGCCAUGAAGAUGACAGAGGAAAACAAUGCCACAAACUCGGAAAUAACAAUGGAUGAUGUCAAAAACCUCAUAAAGAAGAAGGACGAAAUUGAAGAGCAGAUCAAAGCGUAUUACGACGUCUUGGAAGAUCAAGGCGUGGGAGCUGAGGAGCCCCUGGUGGACGAGGAGGGCUACCCUCGGGCAGAUGUGAACCUGUACCAGAUCAGGACAGCAAGACACAACAUUUCCUGCCUACAGAAUGACCACAAGGCCAUCAUGUUGGAGAUAGAAGAAGCCUUGCACAAGCUGCAUGCCCGAGAGAAAGCCAAGCGUGAGCGGGACGAGGCAGAGGCCCAGGCUGAGGCCAUGGAGCAUCAGGUCACUCUACCUGCUCCCUUUGCACGAGUGGAUGCUGUGACACAAGGCUCCCCUGCAAGCGGAGCUGGCCUCCGAGUCGGUGAUGAAAUCUAUGAGUUUGGGUCUGUGAACACCGGGAACUUUCAGAGCCUCCAGAAUAUUGCCUCUGUGGUCCAACACAGUGAAGGGAAACCAUUACGUGUCGCAGUGAUCCGAAGUGGCCAGUUAGCGCAGAUGAGCCUGACGCCGCAGCGAUGGCCAGGGAGAGGUCUGCUGGGAUGCAACAUUGUGCCCAUCCACAGAUGAUCUUCAAGAAACUGCACAGGAUUUAGCUCUAGAGGCAGUUUUCAUGAUUCUGUGGUACCUCUGGAUAGCCAGUUGUUUCUGAGAAAUUAUUUGAUUAGAAAUAGUGACACAGAAACUGUCCAAGUUUUUUUUCUCGUCUAUUAUUCAGAAGCUCUGUUUGAUGCUCUGUUCUGACUUUACUCGCUGAUGAGAAUUGCAAACUUGC